GGGAAAAUGCGGGGGAUUCUUGAAGCUUGAAAAAAUUUAGAAAGCUGGCGGGAGGAGAUUAUGACGGGAAGAAGAGGUGGGAAGCGACUCUAGGCUCUUGUUGUCUGAAAUGUAUGUGCGCGAGGCCUCUGCUGCAGCGACGGACGAAAUGCACUGUUGGGCGUAGGAGUGCGCUCUGUGCUGCAUAUAUUUGCCAGCGCGAGAAACCGGGAGCUGGUCUUCCCUCGAACGCUGCUCAAGAGGUGCGGCCACUUCUGCUGCAUCUUCUUCUUUCUUCCUCCCUUCCCCGGCCUGCAGCAGCAGCAGCAGUAGCAGCAAGGGCGUCAUUGUCGUCGCGUCGGCACCAGCGGCGUCGACAACCUCGAAGCUCGAAGGGGGUUUUCAAUAUCUACCUAUCUAUGAUUCCGCAUAUUAACGAAAACCAGAAAUGGAUGCGCCACCUCACGAAGAUUGAGAGCCCCGAGUACUAGAGCCGGUACGUUCUAGAAGGCCUUUUUUCUGGGGGGUCGAUUAUUUGUUUUCCCGUUUGAGGGGUGCCGGACUGGUGCAACGACUGAUGAGUGAACAGGCUUGCGUAAUUUCGAGGCGACGCUUACACCGCAUGCGUUGAGCGUGCAGAACGUGGCAGCGAAGAUGGACUAAGCCGAGCGUUGGAGGACGCAGCAGGGACGAUAAGAGGGUCGCUCUUUAGGAAAACUGGCGGUUUUUGUACUACGGAUCAAGGCUGGAACAAUUGGAGCGUGUGCUGUUUCUGCUGGACCGAGAUAGGGAGAAGCAGUGUGCGGCCAGCUAGUCUGUGUAAUGCAGGUGCUUUCAGCUUAAAGGAUAAGGAAGAAACCCCGGGGUUUGAGGGCGGGGCGCGAGCGGACAGUCUGCACGUUUUGAAAAGCCCAAGAGCUUUCUAGGGAUCGUGCCGUGUUGUUAUCAACCAGGGUCUUUGGUCGCAUAAAACCAGUGGCCUUGCAGUCGAACAUGGUGGGAAUCUAUUAGGGUGAAAGCAGGGAUUGGAGUAACUGGAGCAUAGUUGUUUUUGUGCCUGGUUUUAAAAAUUGCAUCGUCAGAGAUUUUCACCCCUGGAUUCUUCUAAGAGUGCGGCGAGCUCGCACCUGGUAGCUCCUCGAGCGCAAGUGUGCGCCUGAAGCAGAACUCCGGACGCAAGCACUGAAGGUGUGAUUCGGCGAUCUAUUCGGCUGGAUAUAUAUCGCUUUAUUGCGAGAACCCACUUUUGGAUUAAAGUAGAGGAGGGCCGAGGGUUUUUACUCAGCAAGUCUCGCGCCAUGGCUGAGACAGCUAAGGAGACAGCUCCCAACGGGAAAAAACCCAACGAAGAUGCUAAGUCAGAAGGCCCGGUGAAGUUGUCGAGUACAGAUGAUAGCUCAGAAAAAGGUCCGGUCAGCGUAAGCAAAACUUCGAAGGACGAGGUUGCAGGAGAGAGCAAAACGAAAAUAUCCUCUGACACUAAAGCAGCAGAGGUUGUAGCGAAAGAAUCAACAGGUGCCAAAAAAGGGACCGAGGAGCCCAUGAAAGAGGUCAAUAAAUCGAGCAUGGUAAUAAAAGGGGACUCUCAAAAUCCUGGAGAUGCUAAAGUUGAUCCUACAGAAACAAAGGUCAAAGACGGGCAUAACCCGGACGAGGCCAAGGGAGCCGAAGCAAAAGAUGAUAUGGAAAUCGACGCGGAUGCUUCCAAAAACGAGUCAAAGAAGCCAGUAGCAGAGCAGAAGGUCUCAAUGGAGAUUGACGAGAAGAUAGAAGAGAAGGUGGAGGAGAAGACGGUGCCGAAAGGAGAGCUAAAGGCUGGUGUAGUUUUAAAUCCCAAGAAAAAGGGUGGUCGCCCUAAGAGAAGUACUGUAGAAGUGAAGCCGAUAGAGGAGCCUAUGGAAGCCGAAGAACCACCAAAGGAGGAAGUGAAAGAAACUAAGAAGAGGUCUCGACAGAAGCGCGAGCCUCCGGUCACCCCUCUAUCAGAGAGGGAUAGGCCAGCCCGAGAAAGGAAAUCUAUCGAGAGGUUCGUUGCCUCUGUCGACAAAGGGAAAAAAGAACUUGUCAUUAAACAGGGAACUGGCACUCCUCUCAUGGACAUUCCUAACGUCGCAUACAAGUUAGGGAAGCGGGCUAAAGGGGACGAGAUUCUGAACAUGUUGCAUUCAUUACUGUACAACAAGCGUGGAAAGGCUAACGCGCUGAAGUAUAAUAUAUACCGAUUUUCGGGAUUUGUUUGGGGAGAAAAUGAGGAGAAGGAAAAGAACAAGGUGAAGGAGAAGCUGGAGAGAUAUACGAAAGAAGGCCUUGGGCAACUCAUUGAUGUGCUAGACCUUCACCUUCCCAAGACAGGAAAAAAGGAAGAGCUGGUGGUCAAAGUGCUCCAAUUUCUUGAAUCCCCGCACAAAACGACUGAUGUCUCUCUCGGAGAAAAGGAGCAGAAGCUCAAAGAGAAGAAGCGCAAAAGUAGGACUCCUGGAAGGGGAAGAGGGGGUGCAACGCCGGGCAAGAAGCGGCGGAAGAUAGAAGAUUCAACCUCGAAGAGACGAGGCCGGAAGAAGAAAGAUGAAAGUGAAUCUGAUGGUGAUGGCCUAGAUGCUGAGGCCAGCAGCGGGGACGAGGAUUUGGAGGUUGAGGAGGUCGAAGGGUUACGAUUGACUUUCAAAGAGUCGGAAGAAGAAGACGACGACGACGACGAAGAUUAUGAAGCCAAGCACAAACCUCAAAAGAAGGCUUCAAAGGCUUCUAAGAAUGAAGCACAUGACGUAGACGAAAAGGUCUCCCACGAUGAAGAAGAGUCUGAGGGUGAUCAAGGUCCCAAGAAGUCAGCGAAGAGUGAGUCCAAGUCCGGUGCAAACGACUUUUCACUGGGAGUGAAGAUACCGAAGGCAUCAUCUCCAGACAUUACUAGGAGUACGAGCAAACCACCUGACAAGGUUUACACUAAAGGCUCCAGGAAGAAGAACAAGGAGCUGAAAGAGAAAGAGAUUCUUGAGAAGGAGAAAGAGAAAGAGAGGGAGAAGGAAAAGUUGAAAGAGAAGGAAGUUCCAGAAAGGAAGAGAAGGGGGAAAGAGAAGGAAAAGAGUAAGGAGAAGAACCCUGAGAAGGCCACCGGCAGAGGCGGCAGAAGAGGAAAGGAAGCCAUCAAGAAGAAGAAGAAUGGCGAUAUUCCGACCGAUGAGGUGCUGCAAAAUGAGAUUCGGGACCUUCUGAAGGACUUGAGUCCUUCGGAUUUUAGCAAGGUCACUUUUAUGGACAUCGUCAUACAGCUUGAGAAGAAGUUCAAUGUUGACCUAAGCGUAAAGAAGGCACACGUUAAACUUCUCAUCCGGCAAGAAGUGAGUAGGUUGGCAGAGGAGGCCACCGACGAGGAGGCGCCAGCGGAGGCAGAUGCACCUGCAGAAGGAGAAGACGAAGCACAAGCGGAGGAGACGGCGGUUGGCUCUCCUGAAGGAAAGACUUCUCUGGGUGAGGGCGGGGACGGAGAUAAGGAUGCCGAUUCUGAUGGACCCGAAGAAUCAGGAGAUGCUUCUGGUGAGACAGCCGCGAAGGAUGUAGAUGCAGGAGAGACUUCCGAGACGGUUGAGGGAAAUAAAAGUGAUCUGCGGAAGGACGCCAAGAAAGAAGUCGAGCAAUCCGUUUCCACAUCAACGGCAGAGGAAACGGGUGAUGGCGGAGCUGCAGAGACUGACUGAGCUUCAAAAUACGGUGCUAUGCAAGGACGCCUAUUUAUUGAUAUCAGUAGCUGAAUAUUGAUUUAGUGUAGUAGCUUAGUAGCUGUACAUUGCAGAAUGAAGAAUGUAGGGAGUUUUGUAGGCAUACUUGCGGAGUCACUCAGUUCAGUUGAUGUCAGUAAUCUUGUCAAUAUGUAACACUUGGAGAUUCUUUCACAUCCACCCAAUCCUAGCAGUCGGUUCCCUACAUGAACAUCCUGUCAGAGGUUGAGACAUGCUAACCACAUUGGUCCCACCUAGUCCUUCCUCGUUCACGAGAUAGAAGUACAAUUCGACUUCACUUUAACUACUAUGAAGGUUCUAGACUUCUGACUGGAACAAGAUUAGUUGCAGCUCCUGGAUCUCUUGACUCGACUUUCCAGCCGAAAGCGGUUGCAGCUAAUGGACGAACUUACGCCUGCACUCGAAAGUCUCCACCCACGGCUUUCAUGGUCGCUGCUUGUUCGUUGCAACAUACGUGCUACUGGACCUCCCUGUGUUGCGGUUUAUCAGGAAAUCUGCUUCCCAUCUAGGGAAGUACGACCUAUGGGAGUCUCCAGUUUGUAAUCUUGCGGACCGGGGUCGUCGUGUUGUUGCAGCAGUUAUCAUGUACGAAGAGCCUGAACUGGUUCCAACCUCGACAGUCGGUUCGGAUUCUCAUGCUGUGAGCAUGUAGUUGGACGUCUUUGUACUAAUCUCAGACUACAUAUUUCACUUAAGCCCUCUACUCGACUGUGAGCUCUCCUUGACGGCUCAAGGUGAAGUUUCUCUAUAUCUUACUCAUCUGUUCUACAUUGCUUCGAGCUCAUAGUUUUUGGUUGAAGGUUAGAUGUGUAUUUCUUCGACUUUACGUUGGGCUGUCACUAUCACUUGAGGUAGUGUCUCCGCAUUCACUCAUCCCUUCAACUCUCUUUGAACUUGUAGUAUAUAGGUGGAGUUGGAGUGCUGAGAGAUCUCACUCAUUUGUGAAGUCUACUUAAAGCUUAUGGUUCGAGUAAUAGAAGUGAGAUUGAAUGUACUUAUGCAGAUGUAGAUCGAGAGCAGGAUGAGUUUCAUUACCUUUUUUUAGAAUGUUGAUGGAGGUGCAUGAAUUUUGUUGUCGAAGGUCCAGCCUUGACUUAGCAAUGUCGCCCUAUGGACUUUCUCUUUGGCCGAGGUGGAAUAGAUGAUAGAUAGUCCAGAUGCGUAGGAUUAAUCCCUUGUUGGGAUCUUUAGUCAUCAGGAGAAACGUUUGCUUGCGAGGUGUAGCUUAUGGAUCAUUCAUAUCGACUGCACAAUUAGCAGUGUGAGUCACUGUGAGUUGUUGUAACGUAUGAUCCUAAACAGUUGAAAGUUAUAAACCGCAGCUUUGAUCCG